CAACAAGAGUGGAAUUGGGGAAUGGAGAGGUUCGAACUUCUGGUCUGAUCCAUGGCUUCAUGGUUGCCGGCCUAAAGUUCUUGCUCCACGGGUAUUCGAGGCCACCAGGAGGCAGGCGGGGCUUACAGAGUUACAGUUGCUGAGGGGCUUGCCAACGCAUGUUGGAUCAGAGGGAUUAACCCUAAUCUGAGCAAUGAUGGCAUCCAGGAAUUUCUCCACCUCUGUGACGCUCUGGACAAGGUGGUGCUCCGAGAGGGACAGGAUCGCUUCCGUUGGUCCUGGUAUAGACGAAGGCGGGUGAGUACUCCGUUUGAUCGGCGUUGUUUGAGAGAAGAGUGGAGAUGGCGGGAUCUGACUUGAUUUGGGAUUCCAACGGUCUGAUUCGAUGCAAAUUUUUUUAUGGCUUGCAUGCCGGACAAGGUGCUGGACUGCUGAUCGCCUGGAGUGGCGAGGGUUUGAUCAUCCGGAUCACUGCCCGUUAUGUGAGCGGGCGCAGGGCAAGUCUGGUGGAAGAUUCUAUGUGCUUGGGGCGCAAUUCAGUGGUUACCGGAUGUGGAGUCAUCCUUGUCGGAUUGGUGGGAGAAUGUUCGCCACUGACAGUUCAGGGUAAAGAGCAUAUGCUCUUUUAUGCCAGCGAGAAAUACCCUGGAGAACAAGAUUAUACAAAAUAUAUCUCAGAGCAUGGCGGUUCUUCCAAUGCCUUCACAUCCUCUGAGACAACGAAUUUCUAUUUUGAUGUUAAUGUGGACAAUUUCGAAGAAGCCUUAGAUAGAUUUGCCCAGUUCUUCAUUAAGCCACUGAUGUCGCAGGAUGCUGUGCUUAGAGAGAUCAAGGCUGUUGAUUCUGAACACAAGAAAAACUUGUUGUCGGAUGGAUGGAGAAUGUAUCAGCUUGAAAAGCAUUUGGCUUCAAAGGAUCACCCUUACCAUAAAUUCAGUACUGGAAGUUGGGAAACAUUGGAAACUAAACCAAAAGAGAGGGGAUUGGACAUCAGACUUGAGCUUCUCAAGUUCUAUGAGAACUAUUCAGCGAAUCUUAUGCACCUUGUUGUUUAUGGAAAGGAGAGUCUCGAUUGUAUUCAGAGCUUAGUGGAAAGCUUGUUUAUUAACAUAAAAAACACUGACCAGAGAAGCUUCAAAUGUCCAAGUCAACCUCUUUCAGCAGAACAUUUGCAGCUUCUCGUCAAAGCAAUCCCAAUAAGAGAAGGCGACUACCUAAAAAUAUCAUGGCCAGUCACACCAAACAUCCACUUUUACAAAGAAGGCCCUUGCCGCUAUCUCAGUCAUCUCGUUGGGCAUGAAGGCGAGGGAUCCAUCUUCCAUAUUAUAAAGGAAUUAGGAUGGGCCAUGGACUUGGUGGCUGGCUCUGGCAGUGACAGCAAUGAAUAUUCUUUUUUCUCAGUAGGCAUGAGGCUCACUGAUGCUGGUCAUGAACACAUGGAGGAUAUCAUUGGGUUGGUCUUCAAAUACCUCCACCUACUAAAAGAAGAUGGAAUCCAUGAAUGGAUAUUUAAUGAGCUUGCGUCGACAAAUGAAACAGCAUUCCACUAUCAAGACAAAGUCCAUCCGAUCAGCUAUGUGACCGGUACUGUCUCAGGCAUGCGGUUGUUUCCACCAGAGGAAUGGUUGGUUGGAGCAUCAUUGCCGUCGAAGUAUGCGCCAAAUAGAAUAAAUAUGAUUCUUGAUGAGUUGUCAUCUGAAAGAGUAAGAAUACUCUGCGAGUCUAAAAUUUUUGAAGGAACUACGAACUGUGCUGAGCCCUGGUACAAUACAUCAUAUUCUGUUGAAAAUGUCACUCCUCAAAUGAUACAGCAAUGGAUUCAAAAGGCUCCUACUGAGAAGCUCCAUCUCCCAAAGCCUAACAUUUUCAUCCCAAAGGAUUUAUCUCUUAAAGAAGUGUGCGACAAGGUUAAGUUUCCAACAGUAUUAAGGAAGACACCACUUUCACGGCUUUGGUAUAAGCCCGACAUGCUGUUCUUCACUCCGAAGGUUAACGUUAUAAUUGAUUUCCACUGUCCACUGUCAAGCCACUCCCCUGAAGCAGCCGUAUCUACAAGUCUCUUUGUUGAUUUGUUAGUCGAUUACUUGAAUGCUUAUGCUUAUGACGCUCAAAUUGCAGGUUUAUUCUAUUCGAUAUAUCUUACUUCUACUGGAUUUCAGGUCGCCGUAUGUGGUUACAAUGACAAGAUGAGAGUUCUACUGCAUGCCAUAAUGAAACAAAUAGCAACCUUUGAAGUUAAAGCAAACAGGUUUUCUGCCCUGAAGGAAACUUCUGUUAAGGAUUAUCAAAAUUUUAACUUCAGCCAACCAUAUUCUCAAGCUUCAUACUAUCUCUCAUUAAUAUUGGAAGAGACAAAAUGGCCUUUGGUUGAGAAACUUCAUGCUCUUUCUAAGCUCGAGUCAGAUUCUCUUGCAAAGUUUGUGCCACACUUGCUAUCAAAGACAUAUUUGGAAUGCUACGUUCAAGGGAACAUUGAACCAGGUGAGGCUGAGUCUAUUGUCCAGGAAACUGAAGAUACUAUAUUUAAUACCCCCAAUUCUGUAUUCAAAUCCAUGUCCCCAUCACAAUAUCUGGUUAAAAGGGUUAUCAUGCUUGAAAAUGAGUUAAAAUGCUACUACCAAAUUGAGGGUUUAAAUCAGAAGAAUGAGAAUUCAUCAAUUGUCCAAUACAUUCAGGUUCAUCAGGAUGCCGCCAUUUCAAAUAUCAAACUUCAGUUGUUCUCUCUAAUUGCUAGCCAGCCUGCUUUCAACCAGCUGCGGACUGUUGAGCAACUUGGGUAUAUAACAUAUCUUUCAACCAGAUCUGAUCGUGGAGUUCGGGCACUCGAGGUUGUUAUUCAAUCCACUGUAAAGGAUCCUUCGUACCUUGAUGCUAGAAUUGAUGAAUUCUUUAAGAUCUUCGAAAGCAAAAUCCAUGAGUUGUCUGACAAGGAUUUCAAGAGAAAUGUCAAAUCACUUAUUGAUUCGAAACUGGAGAAAUUCAAAAACUUGUGGGAGGAAUCUGGCUUCUACUGGGGAGAGAUUGAAUCCGGAGCUCUCAAGUUUGAUAGGAUUGAGUCAGAGGUUGCUCUUCUAAGAGAUCUCACGAAAGAAGAAUUCAUCGAAUUCUUUGACCAGUACAUAAAAGUUGAUGCGCCUCAAAGGCGGACCAUAAGCGUGCAGGUCUUCAGCGGCAACCAUUCGGCAGAGUUUAAGAAGGCUAUCACCGAAGCUGACCCACCCAAAACUUACCGGAUUACCGACAUAUUCGGCUUCAAGCGAUCAAGACCUCUGCACCCCUCGCUGAAGGCAGGUCCAGGCCGGGUCACAAUGGACUAACAGCUCACAGCUAUGCGCUGCUAUACAUUUUGUGUUUCCUGUAGUGUAGUAUAUAGCCUGCGCGCAUGCAUGAACUCAAUUCUGAUUUACACGACUGCACAAUGCUAUUCAUCCUGUAUGGCUGUAUGGAUCGAGUUACCACGUGUUGCCAUUUUCAGAACAAAUCUACCUGCAGUAGAUAACCAUAUAUACUUUUUUGUUUGUAUGUAUUUCUUCAGACAACUAUACACACUAUAUGUACAAUAGCUUUUUACGGUAACCGAAAAUUAAUUUGAACUGUCAUGCAAA